AUGUCGAUUACACACCGGAGGUUGGUAAGAACUGAGGGACAAUGCCCCCCUAACCUAAGUGGGCCUACCAGCGAAGCAACUGUGAAAGGACGAAUCGGACGGAAAGAUGCGAUCGUUAGAGAUUCAAGAUUCCCGGUUGGACCUAUUCAAGCGAUUGAACGAGAUACUCGACAACUUGGUACUGCUGAUUCGGAAUCACGCUCUGUAGGAUUUGAACCUACGACAUCGGGUUUUGGAGACCCACGUUCUACCGAACUGAACUAA